GUGAGGCGUCCAUGGGGUGAUGGGAGCGGAAAGGCCCAUGCAGAAGGUGGAUCAGCACGAACGUCACUCCUCAUAUUAGCGUCUAUCUUUCUGUCUGCUGCUUCAAUUAUGUUUCUAGUAUAUAAAAAUUUUCCACAGCUUAGUGAAGGAGAGAGAGAAUGUAUAAAGAUUCCCAGAGACAUGGAUGAUGCUAAGGCUUUAGGAAAAGUCCUCUCCAGAUACAAAGACACCUUCUAUGUCCAAGUAUUAGUGGCUUAUUUUGCCACAUAUGUUUUCUUGCAAACAUUUGCUAUACCUGGCUCUAUAUUUCUCAGUAUCCUCUCAGGGUUCCUUUAUCCAUUCCCGUUGGCCUUAUUUCUUGUUUGUCUGUGUUCUGGACUUGGAGCCUCUUUCUGUUAUAUGCUUUCGUACUUAGUUGGACGGCCAGUUGUGUACAGAUAUUUAACAGAGAAAGCAGUGAAAUGGUCAGAGCAGGUUGAACGACACAGAGAACAUCUCAUUAACUACAUAAUAUUUUUGAGAAUAACGCCUUUUCUUCCUAAUUGGUUUAUCAAUAUAACAUCUCCUGUAAUAAAUGUGCCACUGAAAGUAUUUUUCAUUGGUACUUUUCUAGGUGUUGCACCUCCAUCUUUUGUAGCAAUUAAGGCAGGAACAACACUAUACCAGCUUACAACAGCAGGGGAAGCUGUUUCCUGGAACUCUGUGUUUGUUCUCAUGAUUCUAGCUAUCCUCUCUAUUCUGCCAGCUGUCUUCCAGAAGAAACUUAAACAAAAGUUUGAAUAAAGAUCACACUGGAUUUAAAUUUC